AUGCCUUCACAGUGCCUCAACUCAGCAAUGAAAAAGAGAAUGGGGAUGAUGGGAGCAACAGAUCUACUCUUCAUCACGAUCGUUCAUAAUGUGUCCUUCAUGGGCAAAACCUGGUGGAUGCUGAUGCUGGUUUUACGUGUGCUGGUGGUCCUGCUGGCCGGCUUCACCCUCUUCAGUGAUGAGCAGGAGAGAUUUGUCUGUAACACCAUCCAGCCCGGCUGCUCUAAUGUGUGUUUUGAUGUAUUUGUCCCUGUAUCUGUCCUCCGUCUUUGGCUCUUCCACCUUAUUCUUCUCUGUCUCCCACACGUACUGUUUGCAACCCACGUCAUGCAUAAGCUGCUGUCAUUUCCUUACUUUGGAGCUUUCCUCUGCGACAGGAGUCGAGGAGGUUCACCUUUCGCUCUCGAAAACUCGAACUCCUCAAGAGAACUGUCCCUGCAUAAAGCUCCACUUCAUGACCUCCCCCGUGAAUGGGGAACACCACGCUUCUACUGCGCUUACUGCCUUGCUGUAAUACUACGGAUCCUUCUAGAAGUGGUUUUUGGUGCAGGCCAGUUUCUUCUCUUUGGUUUGUCUGUUCCAAAGAGCUUCCUCUGUUACGAGGCUCCCUGCACAUCUGGGGUUGAAUGUUACAUUUCCAGACCUACUGAAAAGACCUUAAUGCUCAACUUCAUGCUGGGCGUUGCCUCCUUGUCCAUUCUGCUAAGUUUGGUUGACCUGCUGAGCUCCAUGAAGGCGAUGGUGAGAUGGAGGCGGAAGAGGGAGAUGCUGAUGGAAGACAUGAGUAAAGGGGAACAGAGCAGUAUGUUUACAACAACAACUGGGACUGAAGACAGUGAUGUUCUUUUAACCAGAAGAAUCAGCCCAGGUGGAGGCUCAACGGAUGCUGGUGUUGUGCCAAACGAUGAACUCCUUCAUACAAAGGUGAAUGGUGGGCCCAACCUUAAAGUUAAUGUAUCUGCCCAUGAAAAGAGCCCUGAAAACAAAGACACUAAGGUGGACGUGUCUCGCUUACCCACCCCCAUGAGCUCUCCAGUGCCAACUCACUUUGUCCUCCACAGCCAUCUGAGACCUCCACUAUCCCCUCGUCCAGACAGGGGGCCACCACUGAACCCCGGGAUGCCAGCACCCAUGGGUGUCAAAAAGCCAGGCCAGUGUACCACAGUGGGAACAAACUCAGGCCAACAGUCUGACAGCAGUGAAUCACAGGACAAGAGGGCGUGGGUGUAG